UGAGCGACGGCUCCUCCAUGCCGUGACAGCAGCGGCAGUGUGUCCUGACAUUAGCCAGUGCUUAUUACUGACAUAAUUCUACAUACACAGACCGAUAAUUAAAAUGUCGGAAGCGUCAGACGUGCUGGAGAAACCUCCGCCUCCGAACUGGAUCCUUCAGCACCCAGCGUAUCAGCUAAUGAAGAACCUGGAGGUUGAGGACAGUGAACAAAUACACGCAGCUUUCCUUGUGUACAUGGAUCUUUGUGAGGUGCGUCGGUGGAAAGAGGUGUCUUGUGUCAAGAGCCCUGAGCUGCAGGUGGUUUUGCUGGAAGUGAGGGAGAAGGAAGGAGCACCCGUCCAGACCGUUCUUCCACUGCCUGUUCGCCGACCUCUGAACCACAAAAGCAUACGCCACGUGCUGGACAGAGGCUUCCCCAUGCUGUUGUGUGCCGUAGCUUCUGACUCCACCCUGGUCUACCAGAGGAUGACUGAUGGGUUGGUGACACCUGAUCCCCCUGUAGGACCCUUCCAGGACGUGGGACGCCGACAGCACCGGAAGAGGCGGCAGCAGCGCUGAGCAGCUCGAGGGAAAAGACACUUUGGUGUUGAUGUUGAACCAGAGAAGGGCAGAAUAGGCCAGGCAGUGUGUUGGUUGGUCUGUCUGUGUAAGAUGCUCCUAAAAAGCAGGUGCAAACCAAAGUGCCCUUCUGGGUGCCCUUUGUAAGAAACAACUGGUGACAUCCAACCAGUGAAGAUUCCCAAACUUUUUGACUUUUGACCACUUAAAACUUCUGUUUUAUUUGUGUCUGAAAGCAUGACUUUCUUUUCUGCUGUCCUAACUUGUGCUCAUCUCGUGACUCCUGAGAUUGGAGGGUCCUGACCUCAGUCUGGAAAGCAGUAGUUUGGAGAAACUGCUUACUGACUGUGACAGAAUGCAAGCUUGUUCCCCUGAGCCUUCCCUGUUCGGGAAAUUAGUGGUUCGUGUGUAGUCAGGGAUGUGUUCACACAACAUUAUACUUUACAGUAUGUGGUCACAUGCCUUUCUCAAAGCCGUUAUAUGGGACCUGAUGAGUUGGAUCAUAGUGCAUCCACAAAGCAUUUUGAUUACAUUACCACUAGAGCCUGACUGAUACUAGAUUUUUGACACUGAUGAAGAUGUUAAUAUUUGAAAUUUAAAAACAAUUGAACUGAUUAUAAAUAUAAUAAUAAUAAUAAAUAUUACUUUUUAUCAUAAAGACAUAACAUGAACAAACAUUUUUGACAAGGAUCCCUCAAAUUGUGACUGUAAACGACUCCCAUACUUUGUUAGUUGUGCCUAAUAAAUGUAAAGU